UGGGUUUAUAGCCACCCUUGAUGCAUCUGGAGCCUUGAGGAAGAUGCUUUCCUCCAGUUCCCAUUUUCUGGCAUGAUGCACAAUUCACAAUGCGGACAAUAGCACCUGCUCCCAAGGAAGGCUGGAGGAUUAAGCUGGACUGCUCAAGAAGAAACGGCACUUUUAGAAGCUGUGAUGGACUGUGGCUUUGGAAAUUGACAAGAUGUAGCCGAUCAAAUGUGCACCAAGACCAAGGAGGAGUGUGAGAAGCACUACAUGAAGCAUUUCAUCAGUAACCAUCUGUUCGCAUCUACCCUGCUAAACCUGAAGCAAGCAGAGGAGGCAAAAACUGCUGACACAGCCAUUCCAUUUCACUCUACAGAUGACCCUCCCCAACCUGCCUUUGACUCCUUGCUUUCUUGGGACAUGGCAGAAUACAUGCCAGCUCGAGCAGAUUUCAAUGAGGAGUUUGACAAUUAUGCAGAAUGGGACUUGAGAGACAUUGAUUUUGUUGAAGAUGACUCAGACAUUUUACACACUCUGAAGAUGGCUGUUGUAGAUAUCUAUCAUUCUAGGUUAAAGGAGAGACAAAGGGGAAAAAAAAUUAUAAGAGACCAUGGAUUAAUCAACCUUGGAAAGUUUCAGUUAAUGGAACGGCUGUAUCCCAAGGAAGUCCAAGACCUUUAUGAAACAAUGAGGCGAUUUGCAAGGAUAACGGCGCCAGUGGAGCAUGACAAGUUCAUUGAAAGCCAUGCAUUGGAAUUCGAACUCCGAAGGGAAAUCAAGAGGCUCCAGAAAUACAGGACAGCAGGCAUUACCAAUUUUUGUAGUGCCAAACCUAGGAUCACCUCAAAAAGACUCCAGAAGAGGAAUGCCUCAAACGCACUGUGCUCUCAGAGGUUCUCCAGUACAUCCAGGACAGUAGAGCCUGCCAGCAGUGGCUCCGCCGGCAGGCUGACAUUGAAUCUGGCCUGAGUCCUUCUGUACCAAUGGCUUCGAAUUCAGGUAGACGAAGUGCACCGCCCUUGAACCUCACUGGCCUCCCUGGCACAGAGAUGUUGAAUGAAAAACAAAAGGAGAUCUGUCAGAUGGUGAGGUUGGUCCCAGGAGCCUAUUUAGAAUACAAAUCUGCUCUACUGAACGAAUGUAACAAGCAAGGAGGCUUGAGACUGGCACAGGCAAGAACACUCAUCAAGAUAGACGUGAGCAAAACACGGGAAAUCUAUGAUUUCCGCAUCUGAGAAGGAUACAUCACUAAAGCCUGAUGCUCUCUGGGCCUGGUGGGCCAAAGGACAGUACGGGCAUUCUGGAGUUUUGUUUCUGAGCUGAAUUCUCCUUGUAAAAGGAGGGGAAGAACAAAGGAAACCUUAAGUUGUAUUAAUGUCUACUUUCUUCUCCACCCUGCUUUAAAAUACUCCUGUUGUUGGUACUG